CGCCACCGUGGUGCCAGUUCGCUCGUGUUCGCUGGCACUGGGCCCAUGUGUCACCGUGUCAAGCGUGUUGAUGUGACUAGGUUUGGCAAGCUUGUAAACUGUCCCUAUCGCAGGAACACUAAAUCCAAUACGUCACAUGCGCUACCGAAAGACCGGGAGACACGCUGAGCUGGUCGAACCUGCCCGAAUGCAAACCUGUCGUUUCCAAUUUACUACCUUUUGAUUUUAAAUUAACCAAGAUAUUGUAGGAACUGGGACGCCUUCGUGAUUCGCUUCUCCGAGUGAAGGGUUUGGGCCUUGUCGCGAGUCUUGCGGAGCGACGCGUUGACGUCUUGCGGGGCUUUACUGCGCACUCGCGGUCAUGGACCCGCCUCCAUACGAGAGCGUGCUCCAAGACCAUGGGACAAACAAUUUCUUCGCACCAGCAACUGUCAACAAGGAGUUUGAGAUCGAGGUGACGGACCCGGUGAAGCAGGGCGAUGGAGUGGCCGCGUACGUGUCGUACAAGGUGCGCACCAAGACCACGCACCCCAGCUACGCAGCGCCCUUCAAUGAGGUCAUCCGCCGCUUCCGCGACUUCGCCUGGCUGCACGACAAGCUGGUAGAAAAGAACAAGGGACUGAUUGUGCCGCCGCUGCCCGAGAAGAGCGCGGUGCAGAAGUACCAAAUGUCCACCGACUUCAUCGACCAGCGGCGGAGAGCGCUGCAGGUGUUUGUGACGCGUGUGGCCUGCCACCCGGUACUCAAGGACAGCCGCGAGCUGAACACCUUCCUGCAGGCGAACGAGGAGGCGUGGAUGCUCGAGAUCGCCAAGUGGCAGGCGGAGACGUCGGCGCAGCACCGACCGGUGAACGCAGCGGCGCAGUGGCUCAAGAGCCUGCAGCACAGCGCACAGAGCCUGGUGUCGGGGCGGGCGGAGGAGAUCCAGGAGGACGCCGAGUACAUCAAGAUCCGGGACUACGUCAACAGCCUGGAGGCGCACCUAAACGAGGCGCACCGGCAGGCGGGCCGCCUACUGCGCAAGGAGGCAGACCUGGGGUCAGCGCUGUCGGAGUUUGCGACCGCGGCGGAGGCGCUGGGCAAGCAGGACGAGGUGGGGCCCAUGCGUUCCGCCUUCGGCUGCCUGUUCAACCGCGCCGGCGAGGUGGCGGCACUGUCCAAAGCGCGGAGCGAGGCGCUCGUGAACGAGUUCGCGGCGCCGCUCAAGGAGGCGGCGCGCACCAUCAAGAGCGUGCAGGUUGCCAUGGGCGACCGCUCGGCAGCACUGACCGCGUACUCGCAGGCCAAGAGCGACCUGGACAGCAAGAAGGUGCGCCUGGCCAAGCUGCGCGGCACACCAGGGCUGAAGGAGGACAAGAUCGCGGAGACGGAGCGCGAUGUCAACGAGGCCGACCAGCGCCUGCGGAACGCCAAGCUCGGGUACGAGACGAUCCGGGACACGAUGCGCGAGGAGCUGAACCGCUUCCAGAAGGAGCGCGCCAGCGAGAUGUCGGCGCUGCUGCGCGACUUCGCGCUGGCGCAGGCGGCCUACACGGCGGCGCAGGCCAAAGCCUGGGGCGAGCUGCUCGCGGACCUGCAAAACGUGCCGCAAUGAAAGGCGACCAGCGUCGAGGCGUCAAGAUACGGCCGCGGAGUACGGUAGCUGCGUUUGUUAUGCUCUUCUGCAGGUGCUGUCUGUACGGUACGGACUGCGUGUGGCCUUCCACCGGGGCUGUAUUACGCAGGCCGUGUUACGCAGGCCGCCGGGCUACCGAGAGUUGGGGUUGCGGCCCACGGUCGCCACGUUGGCGGUUUGGCACGUGCCGAAGAGGGCGGGAAGCGGGGCCGAACCAUGGGCCAGCGGGGCAGACAGCAACAAACAAGCAGGUGUUGACGCGUAAUUUGACCGGGAUAUCUAAUUGGUAUUAUGAUGAAGCUUUAGACGUGUGGAACUCAGGAUUUGAGGCAGGGCCGACGGACUGGGUGCUGGCGGUUGUGUGCCUGCAAACUUCGGGUUAUGCAUAUGGUGUUUGUUUGCGGUAACGAGAUGUAUCAGCCGAACUCAAUUUGAAAUAACCCGCAUAACCCGGCGCCCUCGCUGUUUUUGGCGAGCGUCUGUUCGGCCCUUCAACGACAACAUAAGUUGCUUGCAUAAUGUGUAAGAUCUUAAGAUG